CUUGACAUCGAUUCACUGCAGUCGGAUCUAAAUCUCUCUGUCGUCUGCCUCGCACUUAUUUUGAGAACAUUGUUUGUUGUAAAUAAUAAUUAAAUAAUUGUCUAAUAUGGCAGAGGAACGGAACAUUGUCAUCGCAUUUGCUAACGCGGUAUUCAAUAUUCUUGACGGACCUGUCACCUUUUUCCGAGAAAAAAUUGUUGUCCCAAAUCAGCAACAUUAUCCUUGGUACCACCAAAAAUUUCGCCGUGUUCCAACCAUUGAUGAGUGUUAUAUGGAUGAUCCAGUUUGCUCAUACGAAGCAAACAUUCAGUUCAAACGAGACAAACUGGUUGAAAGCGAUAUCAUAAAUAUUCUAAGACAACGUUUCGAGGAUUGUACUUUAUAUGAAGGACAUGACCAAACGGCCAAAUGUCGGCAUCUGUGGGAUCAGUACAACGAAGCUUCUACGAAUUGGUUUAUCAAGUAUGGUGACCUUGGUGCAUACGGUCACACACGAGACGCAUUAAUGAAACAAAAACAUCGCAUGAUUUGGGAAAGACGAUAUGGUCCAGUUGGAACUGGAAUGAAUCGCGAAUGAAAACUAAAAUGAAAAUACAUUUUAUAGAGUCGCGAAAAAUCGAUAUUGUAGAUAAUUAUACACAAUAAAUUAAUAAAAAUGAUCAUGAAACUUUUCUGAUUUUUGAACAA